GGAGCAAGUUAUGGGUUUGGCAAGUUGCUUUUCUAAGAAUUGCCAUGCCUCGGCCAAAUAAGGAAUGACAUGUCCAGAAUGUCAUUUCCUAGGAAGAAAACCCUGUGUGCAGCAGUAGCCAUUCUGCACAAACCACUUCUUUUCCUGCGCUCACUUUGCCUCAUGGCAGCCCUGGAAGAAAGAGAGAAUAUACUUCUCUGAGAAAAUGUAAUGCAGAGGCUAGCAAAAGCACUUCGUUACAGACUCCCUCUUCCCUUUGGCAAGCUCUUCACUUGUUAACCAGUUCCCUCCCUGGCUGCUAUUGCACACUGUUUCUGAAUCACAGAGGCACUACCAAUAUCACCAAUGGGUUCAGCUUCAGCCAGCAGCAGGGCCAUCUUGGAGUCGACUGGAACUGGCUACUACCACCACUGGGGCAGAUUCUGGCACCUUCUCACAUAAGGCAGCCUUGCAGCCCCCUUGCUACCAAAACCUUUCCGUGUAAACCUAAUGCAUCAUCACCUGUUAUACAAUUGAUUAUAUAAGGAAGCUGUCUGGGAUAUACGUGUCAUUUUGAAAAAGCUCCUUUGGCUAUUUCUUUUGGCUUGUUUCUGGCUGUUCUGGAUGGGACUAGACACAGUGUUGGAUUAUGGAACAGAAUUUGACAUACCUCCUGGGCGGCCAUGGCUCUGAUGACAUAUUGGUGAGUUACACAUCACCAACCCCUAACUCCCCUGCAGCCUAUGAAUAUGCCUUCGACUACUCAGAACUACACAUCCUCUGCCAUCCUGAAAGUAUUCUGGUAUUUGCAUCUACCUUAUUUCCAGUGCUGUACUCCAUACUGUUUGUGGCAGGCCUUGUGGGAAAUGCUUUGGUUGUUUGGAUUCUGACAGCCUUCAUGAAAAUCAAGACCAUGACUGACGUGUAUCUGCUGAAUCUGACUGUCUCCGAUCUCCUCUUGGUAUUCUCCCUGCCCUUCUUGGUUCAGUACUCCAUUGUGAGCCAGUGGACUUUUGGAAAUGCACUGUGUAAAAUCAUCAGCUCAGUUUACUUCAUUGGUUUCUACAGCAAUGUCUUCUUCAUAACCAUCAUGAGCAUCGACAGGUACUUGGCCAUAGUCCACUCUCUCCAUGUUCAAGGGAUUCGGACAACUGCCAUUGGGUUUAUCACCAGUCUGGUUGUUUGGACAGUUGCCAUUUUAGCAUCAAUACCAGACUUACUUUUUUUCCAGGAAGUAAAUGACAAUAACCAGCUUAAGUGCCUCACUCACUAUCCUGAUGGCAAUAACAGCUGGAAGACUUUCAGUAAUUUUGAAGUCAACAUCCUGGGGUGGCUAAUCCCUGUUAUUGUCUUAAUUUUUUGCUAUCACAGCAUCUUGAAAAACCUGCAGAAGUGCCAUACCAAGAACAAGUACAAAGCAAUAAAACUGGUUUUUAUUGUUGUCAUUGUGUUCUUUCUCUCCUGGACCCCUGUCAAUAUUGUGCUGUUUUUGGACUCUUUGAGGAACAUGUCCAUCAUUGAUGACUGCCAGACACAGCAAAGGCUAGACCUAGCUGUGGAGCUCACUGAGGCACUCUCCUUUGUCCACUGCUGCCUCAACCCAGUCAUCUAUGCUUUUGUGGGUGAGAAGUUCAAGAAGCAUCUCCGUGAUGCUUUCAAAAAAUCUGCAUGUUUUCUGUUGAACUGCAAAGGCUACAGGGCUUUCAGUGGGCGCAGCCUGGACAAGCACUCCUCUCUGCACACAAAGUCCUCACAGUUGUCUUCUUUUGGCACUUUGUUGUAGAACUGCAAGUCCAAAACUAUCAUCCUGGACAGGUGACAUAAAAUUGAGAAAUCCUCAACUGGACAUCCACAGCCAUGGACUGUUUGAGCAAUCUUUUAGGACAUGAAAAGUGGAAAAAAAAGUGUUUUUGCUUUUAUUGUGGUUGCUUUUGGUGUUCUCACUUUUUAGAGGUUUGUUUUCUGUUUGUUCUUUUUUUUUUUUUUAAAUCAUCCUUCCUUUCCCUAGGCACAUCCCACCUUGCUUGCUUUGUGAAAUUACCAGCAGAUUCCCACACUGCCAGAGCAGCAGAGAGAGGUACCUUAGAAACAUAUCCUCCCCGCUUCAGACUCAGUACUAAAAGGAACUGUUUAUGUUUCCAAACCCUAGACACUUGGCCAUUCUUUCCCCCAUCUCAGCAGUAUGUGUGGGCUUUGUGAGUAGGGAUGGAAGUCUCAGCAGGAGUAGGAACCUGCUCUUUGGAGGGAAACGGUGUCCAAGAUUAAGGGGUCAUGCCAGGGCCUUGCUCCCAGUUGACAGAUCUGAACAAUGCUUCCAGCCCCAGAAGAGCUUAGUGAAUGAGAAAUUGGAUAAGCAACCAAGAAAUAAAUGCUGCCCAUGUGUUUUGGUAAAAUCGGUGUGAAUUAAUAUUUAGGUAUUAUCCUGACUCCCCAUCUGCUACCAGGGCCUGUAGCUUCUUGGCUGGAAGGGUUUGAAGCUGUAGCUUACAAAUGAUGCUGUGGAUGUCAAGGAACAGCCCCUAUGGGAAUGAACGAGUGAUGUAGAAAUGGAUGGAAAAAUUGUUACCAGGAAAAGGGCUGAAGAGCGGAAAAAGUAGUGGGUGUGAGCUGUCACAUGUCCCCUUCAGGGGACUUUCUGAACAUUUUUGAACUUUUUGAAUUGGCAGCUGGUGUGCCACUGUGGUCACUGCUCUUGAGCAGGCAGCUGGGGUUGACAUUCCAGUUACUGUUCCAACUUGGAAUGACUGAUUUUAUGUAUGUGAAUGGCUACCCAUUUGUACAGAUGUAUCUAUUUGUGUCUAUAUAUAUAGAGGUAUGUACAUAUUCGUGCAUAUCUAUACUUGCCCAUGUGUGUUUAUAUACACAAAUACACACAUACCCGUAUUUAUACAUACAUAUACUUUUAUAUGUACAAAUAUUGUUAGAUAAAUGUAAUGGUUUUCUGAAGCUUUUUGUUCUCUUUUAUUUGUCCCUACAAGAUAUCGCCAUAUUUUAAGUUUUAUAAUAAAGAUACUGUGUACAGUAUAAUUGCACAGUCUUUACACCUGAGGAGCAUGUU